AUGGCUCUUCGUUGCCUCAAAUUCAUCUCUAUAAUGGCAGUUGGCCUUUUGCCUGCCGUGGCUGCUGACGACUUCAGUAUUGCUGACAACACUACGGUCCAGAAGCGAGAGAUUACAUUGACCCCUGUCAUGAACGGUCUAAACUUCCCGGACCCAUCAGUGAUACGAAUUGGUAACGAGUGGUGGGCAUUUUCAACCAGUUCACACUACAACGGGAAGCGUGUUCAUGUUCCAAUAGCUCACACAUACGACUACUUUACCUGGACCAGUUUCGGAGAGAAAGAUGCGCUUCCGAAUCUGCCGAACUGGGUGGACCCCAACACGCCUGCAGUAUGGGCACCAGAUGUUGUUCAACUUGGACCUGGGCGCUUCAUCAUGUACUAUACCGCCGCACUCAAGUCGAACCCUAAGCUCCAUUGUUUGGGAACCGCAUCGGCUUCCACAGUCACUGGUCCUUAUACUCCUAUAGGGCUUGACCCAUGGGUGUGCCCUACAGCACAGGGCGGUGCGAUAGAUCCUGCUGGCUAUUACGAUUCAAAGGACAACACGCGAUGGGUCGUCUAUAAGAUUGACGGAAUCGCGAUAGGCCACGGCGGGUCGUGUAAUAACAUGGUCACGCCCAUUGUCAGUACGCCUAUAAUGCUUCAACAGGUUUCAGUCAGCGAUGGCUUCACGAAGAUUGGUCUGCCGACACCGCUCAUCGUCAAUGAUCCUGCUGAUGGACCAUACGUCGAAGCACCAUCUCUUACCAAGAUGCCCGACGGUACAUAUGUUCUUUACUACAGUUCGAAUUGCUUCGUGACUCCUCUGUACGAUGUAUCCUAUGCGACAUCGAGGAACAUCAGAGGUCCUUACAAGAAGUUUGGCGGCCUGAUCCGAACCGGGACAUAUGGACUUGUAGCUCCAGGCGGCCUUGACAUGGCUAUCAAUGGUGAUCAUGCGGUGUUCCAUGCAAAUUGGAAGGGUGGCCGUGCUAUGUUCACGGCUCUCAUACGCGGUCAAGGCAAGCAGUUACAGGUCUAUGUCAAGGGUUCUUGA